AUUUCAAAACUAAAACCGGGGUGUACCGCUCGUCGCAACGUAAUGUUUAACAUAGGAGGUUUUGAUAAAUUAAAGAAAUAAUGAACGAAGAAGGUGUGUUUACGUCUCGCAAACCAUCUAAAAGAAGAAUUGCAUGUUCCGUACAUGGUUGUGGAAGUUCUUUCCAAAAAAACCGUGAAUUGACAUUUCAUAAGUUCCCUCAAAAAAAUGCACGUUGGGUAUACCAGAAAAUUUUUUUCGGUAAAAUGGAAAAAGUGGAGCAACUAAAAGCAUGGAAGAACGCUUUGAGGAUUGACUGUAAAAUAAAUGCUCACAUGAAAGUGUGUUCAUUGCAUUUUCAACAAGAAGACUACAUUUUACCGGAUAUUCCAUCCCACGUAAAAUAUUUAAAGAAGACUGCGAUCCCAUCACGCAACCUGCCUCGCAGUUCAGUAGAACCAAGGAGAAAAAAAAAAGGAGAGAGCGAACGUGAAAGAAGAUUAAUAAACAGGAAUGAUCAGAAAGAAAGUUCAAAGGGAAUGGAGCUUCAGCAUCUGAAGACUGACACAAUUUUGGAAAAUAUGGAGCACGCCGAAGGGAAUCAUUGCUGCAUCGAAGAUGUAAUGACAGAGAAUGAGCCUGAAAUUCAAGUGGAGAUAAAAUCAUUUGCAGAUAUCGGAGUGCAAGUGAAAAGUGACGACGUGAGACUCAGUUUCGAAAUGUUUGUUCAGACCGACGAAGCGUUAAGUACUGCUACGGGGAUCGAAUCAAUAAAAAUUCUGGACACUAUUGUUGAAAUUGCUAGAAAAGUCACUGAAAAUAAUUCCACAUAUUCGAAUGCGAGAAUGAGUCUACGCGAGCGAAUUAUCAUGACAUACAUAAAGUUGAAACAAAAUAUCUCAUAUUCUUUUUUGGCAUUAAUGUUCAAUUGCUACACCGCGAAGCACUGCCAGCGAAUAUUCGAUGAAAUGAUAUCGUUGUUGAGUCAGUGUUUAAAAUUUGCGAUUGGUUGGCCAACUAAAGAAGAAAUCUCGAGAAAUUUGCCAAAAUGCUUUGAAGAUUUUGAAAAUGUUCGGGUGGUCCUCGAUUGCACUGAAAUUUUUAUCCAGCAUCCUACAAAGCUUUGUUGUCAAGUUUUGACGUAUUCUCGCUACAAAGGUUCUAAUACGUGCAAGAUAAUGACUGGUGUAACACCGGCUGGAAAUAUUUCUUUUGUCAGCAAAGCGUAUGGUGGUCGAGCAACGGACGAUGAUAUAUUUGAACAAAGCAAUAUUUUAAGUUUAUUGGAACCGGGUGAUGGUGUAAUGGUGGAUCGAGGAUUCCGUAAAAUUGAUGAGCUUUGCGAACGGAAUCAUUUUAAAUGUAUAAGACCACCAUAUUUGAAAGAAAAAACACAAUUUUCGAGAGACGAGGCCUUACGCACUGCUAAAAUCGCGAAAGCAAGGGUACAUAUUGAACGCUCUAAUCAACGUAUCAAAAUAUUCAAAAUUGUCGGUGCUACGAUGCCAGUGAAUCUUAUCCCACGAGUAGAAGAUAUUUUUAUAGUUAUAUGUGCCACAGUGAAUUUAUCCUCACCUAUCAUAAAAGACGAUAAAUUCAUGAAUGUUCAAGUUGUUUAAAUUUCUCUUUAUUGUAACGUAUCUUCUGUUUAUCGUGACAUUUAUCUUUCUUAUAUCAUAUUGUGACAUAAUUAUAAAUAAUAAUUGCAGUACAAUCACA